UCCCGCCAUUGUGAAUUGUACUCAGUGAUUUCAUGAACUGGAUCUUCCUCGAACAAGUUCGCAAGUCCCCCCCCCCUACUGUUAUUAAAAAACUAAUUGUUUUUGCAUUAUAAAUAAGAGAAAUAAUGCCUACCGUUCACGACUGGAUCAACAACCCCUUGGGCAUUGUAGAAGAUAUUUUUGCUCAGAGCAACUGCAGCCCAGACUGGGAAACAAAAGUGCUGGAGUAUUUCAAAGAGAAGCUCAAAGACAAUGAGGCGGCCAGCUGGGUUCCCUCGCUGAAUGACGUCCCUGUGCACUACCUGAAGGCCAACAGCCUGGUGAAAUUCCGCUGUUUCAUUCAGGACAUGUUUGAUCCAGAGUUUUACAUGGGGGUGUAUGAAACAGUUGACCCAUCGUCCAAGUCUAAAGUCUUAAGGUCUGGAAAGUAUAAAGAUGUGGCAGAAUGUGGACAUCAAGUGGACUUGAACACCAAAAACGCUGUGACUCUGGAGAGACAGACCUUCUACUGUGUGCCUAUCCCUGGAGAGUCCCCUUGGGUCAAAGAAAGCUAUUCUUGCUCCAACCCAGCCCGCGUGGUGCCCUCUACCUCGUACGCACCAUGUCGCCACAAGCGAAGCUACGAGGAAGACGAGGAUAUGGAGACGCAGCCACACAAGCAGAAGGAACAGCUGGCAGGACCACAGGGUACAACAGACAUCCAUGGCAGUGGAGACCCCAAGCGCCUGGAAACAGAGGCCCCCUCCAGCCUCUCAAAUGCUGCCUCAGGCUGUUCUUCCCCCCUUGACCUCAACUUUCCCCUGCCUGGGGAGAAGGGCCCCGCCUGUCUCGUAAAGGUCUACGAAGAGUGGGAGUUGUUUAAAGUCAACGACAUCCUGGAGGUGUACGGCAUCCUGUCUGUAGACCCGGUCUUAAGUGUAAUCAGCGAAGACAAAGACAGCUCGCUGGUGGAUCCCAUGGACUGCACAGAAAGCGUAGAGGAGCAGAGGGUCCACUGUCCACCCGCCUCCCUCGUACCCCGCCUCCACAUGCUUUACGCCCACAGACUACAACACAACAACCCCUUACUGCCCCCUGCCGCCUCUGAAGCGUCCUCCGGCUUCCUGAAUGAUGUGGUGUCUGUGAGGGGAGAGCUCCUGGGGUAUCUCACACACGUGCUGCUGGGUGAUGCUCUAGCAGCAGAGUACCUUAUCUUGCAUCUAAUUUCCACUGUGUACGCAAGACGAGAUGUUCUGCCCUUGGGAAAGUUCACUCUAAACUUGAGUGGCUGUCCUCACAACUCCACCUACACAGAGCAGCUCUACAGAGUCAUCCAACAGCUCAUUCCCUCGUCGUUUCGCCUUGGUAUGAGCCUCCACAACAUGAACAACUUGCGGCUGGUACCACGAAAGGACUACACGGCCAACCGGCUACUGAGUGGUGUCCUGCAGCUGGCACCCAACACCUCCCUCUUCCUGGACGAGACACAGCUGGAGCAAGGCCAGCUGGACUCCACAGGAGUGCGGAACAUCACCGCGUUGGGGAACCUGAUAUCUUGGCAGAAGGUUGAUUACGACUUCAACUACCACCAGAUGGAAUUCCCGUGCAAUAUUAACGUGCUGAUUGCGUCAGAAGGAAAGUCACUCCUGCCGUUCUUAACACCCUGUCUGCCCUGCACCCCCCACUCCCCCCCACAGUGUGACUGCCACGUGCGCCUCCAGCCCCAGCUGGCCCCACCCAACUUGGAGCAAUAUAUCAGCACCAUCCAGGUGUCACUGUCACCUUCUCUCCUCAAUAAGUUCCGCAUCUACUUGAGCCUCCUUCGUACCCUAGACUACAGCAUCUCAGAGGAGGUCACCAAGGCUGUUGAAGAUGACUUUGUUGAAAUGCGCAAGGAUGACCCCCAAAGCAUCUCAGCAGAGGACCUUCACAGAUUGCUGGUAGUUGCCAGGCUGCUGUCACUCAGCGUGGGACACACCACACUGUCACGAGACCGCUGGAUGAGAGCCAAACACCUAGAGACACUGCGGACCAAUAGGACAGAGCAGCAGAAAUGCGUUAACGGCAACGAGCCGUAGCUCUUUGUAACAUCUCAACAGAUCCAAUAUUGGGGGGGCUCGUAAAAUUAGUGAACCACUUUUCAUACUUUCACAAAAUCAAGCAAUGGAAUUUUCUGCUUAACCAAUAAAUUGUAUUUCAUAUUAAAAUUGUACUGGUACUUUAAUGUAUUGAUUUUUCAGGUGGUUGAGCUUUUCGGCAUUCCAUUUUGACAAAUUAACUGCCACAUACUCAAAGACAAAUGAUAAUCUUAAUUAUAUUGAUACUUUACCAUGUUCGUGCCUUAUACUCCACUGAAAUGUCUUGAAUACGUGCACAGCUUUUUGAUAAUACAGAUGAUUCAUCCUAGUCAUUUACAUUUUUUUUUUGUAUUCCACAGAAUUCUAAGUAAAUAACUUUUUAAAAUGUUACUGAAAGACAAUUUGCAGGUUUUAGUUUGGUACCAAACUUACUUUCCACUAAGGGCAAUGUGACCAAGUGUUUGUGGCUUAUUGACCUGCUGUUCUUUACACUGGAAAUUUAUUCAUUUGAAUACAUGAUUUUCAUGAAUAAAGUCCAAAUAAUUUCUA